AAAAGUAUCAAUUUCAGAUGUAAGCAUUAAUAAACCUAACACAGAAUUCAAAACGGAGAUCGCUGAAACGGCUGCUGAAGAUAAACCUUGUUUUGUGUAUCUUUACACAAGUUCAAUGCACCAGGAUGCUUAUGUUUGUCCAGAUGUUCCUUCAGUCAAGCAAAAAGAUAAAUUAGGGAACGUUGAGCAUGAACCAGCUCACACUGAAGAUGUAACAUCGCAAGUGACAGAAAAAGGCUCCCAUGCUAACCGCAAAUGUACGUCUUAUGAAUUCAACAGCAUUCCAAUUCUGACUCGGAAAAAACAAGCUCAGAUUUACAGAAGCAUGAACUGGCAAACAUCUGGUCGCAAGGGUCGAAAGACUGCUUGUAAAUCGGCAUCUUCUCCCAUUCAUCAUGCUCUUUCAUCAGAUAUGGCAAUGAUCCAGAAACCAAUCCAUCUGACUCACAAAACAGUCCCAAUUAAUUCUGAGGCAAUUUCUACCUAUGCUGAGCACUUUCCAGUCCUGCCCACUGACUUAUCAGUACUGGAUAAUUACAAGCAUAAUUUAAUUUUUCUGGAGAGAGAUUCAUCUCCCAUAGAAGUAGCACCAGCCGAUAAGGAAUUUCAUCAGAAUUCGCUGGCACAAAUUGUUGAUGCCACACCAGGUGACCAUAAAAAGCAUCUUGAGAAAUGUAAUUCCCAUGAAUGUUCCUCUGUCCUUGAAACUGGAAGAGUUAAAUGGAAGGUAUCAGGAAAAUUAUGUGAAAGUUUGCAGAACACUGUGAAAACAAAUGUGAAUGAGACACAUACAAAUGAGAUGGAAUAUGUAAAAGAAACUGGAGUUUAUGAAACUGCAAAUGAAGUGCAGGAUAUGGAAUCUUUAUCAAAGUCUUCCCAAAGCGAAAGGUGUUCUGAAAAUGAUUUUUCGCCACCAUCGGCUUACUGCAGUUGCAAAGAGACAUCAAACUUAGUGGAUGUACAAAUGUUACUUUCAGAAGCCCAGCAGGAAUUGCUUAACAUCAUGACUGAAGUUUUUCACAAGUUAUUUGUCCAGCUUGGUGAUCUGGAAUUCCAAGUUCAGGAUCUGGUAAAUCGCCUUGAAGACCUGACUGUUACUGUGAAUGAAAUACAUUCUGUAAUGAACAUCACUAAAACAGUUGAUUACAAGAAGAUAAAUCUCAAGGUUGUAUACUGUAUUAAUGCUUUGAGAAGAGUGGGAUAGAAACUGUCUUUGAACCUGGUGAAUCCGGCCUUCCUCAUGCAGCACAUUUAAGAAAAUAUAUAGAAGAUGAGCUGGGUAACUUUUAUUUCUGAUGGGAUUUAACUGUUGUAUAUGGUUACUGCCUGUGCUGUGUUUUGUCCUGUGAUAUGUAUCCUGCAUAUUAAAGGCUCCCGUGCAUUUGGCAUUAAACUGAGUAGUUUCCCAUCUUGUUGGUAGGCGACCUUUUUUCUCGUAUUUCUAUUCAAUUGGUUGGACCACAAUAAGUGCAGUUGUACAUUUUGUAGGUGUGGAUGAUUUCACACAUUUGCACAAUAAAUCAAUGAAGUCUCACACUACCAGGUUCAAGAUUAUCUACUUCCCUUCAACAAUUGAGCAAAAUUCUGUUCUGACCUCUAGAGGCACUGUUUGCUUUGGAUGAACAUCAUUUCCUUUACGGAAAUUUUUUUAAUAUCAGUUCCUGCACGUAAGAUUUCAUUAAGAAACCCUGAACGAAGGUAAUGGGGUGAUUUUUGAGAAGGUAUUUAGCUCACUGUAUAGCUUUAUAUAUCGGUAGAGUGAAAAGAUAAC